UACCAGAGUGCCGAUGGCAGCGCAUUGCAGCAGACCUCUGAAAAGCAGAAUUACCUCGUGGUGACACACUAUUAUUCAAGGGACCUCGAUAUAGCUCACCUCUCUCCAACGUCCAGCAUUCCAGUCAUCAACAGGCUCAAAGCAGGCUCAAUCUUCCUGAGAUGGGGGAUACCACUCCAACUGGUCUCCAGUCUACUAUGUAUGAGGAGAGAGAGGAUGGGGGUCCUACUUCUAAGACCACUCUGUCUGGGGAACAUGGCCGCCGGAGCAAAGCUAAGAGGAGGCAGCAGAGAGCAGACCCCCGUGGACCCAGCUUUGUCUCCAUGAAGAGCGACCGGUCUAUGGAUUUACCUUUUAACUUUAAAGAUGGACGCCCCUCCAGAGAGGAGAGAUCACACCAGAAGAAUUCAAAGGUUACCAGGCCUGUACAGAAGCAUCAAACAGAGCUGAUCAAGAGGGCUGAGGAAAACGCACAUGCUUUCCUAGACAAGGAGCUGAAGAAGCUCUGGAGGGAUCUCUUCUCUGAUUACCCACAAUGCUCAGAGGGUCAGAGAGUGGAGGAGGAGGAGGUGGAUGGUAAGAAGGAGGAGCAGAGGAGGCGCGCCAUAGAGGGAGUGGUGGACAUCACAAAGCUCUGCCUGAUGGAGAUGAACCAGGAGGAACUGGCCGGAACACUGUGGGGCGGAUCUGCUGCUGUCGAGUGCCAAAAUAAAAUCAAGUCUCAUUUGAAGAAGAAAUUCUGCCAUGUGUUUGAGGGAAUCCCUAAAGCAGGAGAGAAAACAGGCCUGAAUGCCUUCUACACAGAGAUCUUCAUCACAGAGAGAGGCAGUGGAGAAGUCAACCAGGAACAUGAGGUCAGACUGAUUGAAACAGCUUCCAGGAAACCAGCCAAGGAAGAAGAGCCAAUCAAAUGUGAAGACAUCUUUAAACCCUUACCUGGAAAAGAUCAACAAAUCAGGACAAUAAUGACAACUGGAGUGGCCGGCAUUGGUAAAACCGUCUUAACAAACAAGUUCACUUUGGACUGGGCUGAAAGCAAAGCCAACCAGGACAUACACUUCACAUUUCUCCUCACUUUCAGAGAGCUGAAUUUACUGAAAGGGACAGAGUUAAGCUUGGUGGAACUUCUUCAUCACCUCUUUAUUGAGACCAAAGAAGCAGGAAUCUGCAGAUAUGAAAGGUUCAACGUUGUCUUCAUCUUGGAUGGUCUGGAUGAGUGUCGACUUCCUCUGGACUUCCAGAACAACCGGAUCUGGAAUGAUGUCACAAAGCCGACCUCAGUGGACGUGCUGCUGACAAACCUCAUCAGGGGCGACCUGCUUCCCUCCGCUCGCAUCUGGAUAACCACACGCCCUGCAGCAGCCAAUCAGAUCCCUGCUGAGUGUGUUGACAUGGUGACAGAGGUGAGGGGGUUCACCGACCCACAGAAAGAGGAGUACUUCAGAAAAAGAUUAAGAGAGGAGACGCUGGCCAACAAAAUCAUCUCCCACAUCAAGAAAUCACGAAGCCUCCACAUCAUGUGUCACAUCCCAGUCUUCUGUUGGAUCACUGCUACAGUUCUGGAGGACAUCUUCAAAAAAUCCCGACCCAAGACCGUGACUCAGAUGUACAGCCACUUCCUGAGGGUUCAGUCCAUACAGGGGGACAGGAAGUAUCAUGGGAGAGCUGAAAUAGAUCCAGACUGGAGUUCAGAGAGCAGGGGGAUCAUUGUUUCUCUGGGAAAACUGGCUUUUAACCAGCUGGAGAAAGGCCACCUGAUCUUCUACGAGGCAGACCUGGCAGACUGUGGCAUCGAUAUCAGAGCAGCCUCAGUGUACUCAGGAGUGUUCACCCAGAUCUUUAAAGAGGAGUUUGGGCUGUACCAGGCCAGGGUGUUCUGCUUUGUCCAUCUGAGCUUCCAGGAGUUUCUGGCUGCCCUUUAUGUCUUUCUGUCCUUCAUCGAUACUGGUAUCAAUCUGCUCUCAGAAGAACCACCCACCUCUGGGGAAGAUAAACUCCUCCUCCUCUACCAGAGUGCUGUGGACAAGGCCUUACAGAGUGAGAACGGACACCUGGACUUGUUCCUCCGCUUCCUCCUGGGCCUCUCUCUGGAGACCAAUCAGAUUGUCCUACGAGGUCUGCUGGGACAGACAGGAACUAGCUCACUGACCAAUACAAAAACAGUGUCUUACAUCAAGAAGAAGAUAAAAGGAGAUCUAUCUUCAGAGAGAAGCAUCCAUCUGUUCCACUGUCUGAAUGAGCUGAACGACCGUUCUCUACUGAAGGAGAUCGAACAGUACCUGACAUCAGGAAGUGAUCCCCAAAAAACUCUCUCUCCUGCUCAACUGUCAGCUCUGGCCUUCAUGCUACUGACAUCAGAAGAGGAGCUGGACGUGUUUGACCUGAAGAAAUACUCUGACUCAGAGGAGGGUCUUCUGAGGCUGCUUCCGGUGGUCAAAGCCUCCAAAACAUCUCUGUAGGUUCACUCAUAACAGGAAUUAAAAUACACACUACACAAUAUACAUGAAACUAAAAUAUAAGGUUAAAAUAAUAUGCAAAAGAUCCCUGUAAGUUCAGAACAAGAUGUUUUACCAAUCUACUCAUAACCGAAUUAAGUUAAGUUAUAUAAUAAUAUACAAAACAUCUUUGUAGGUGUCCUAUUAACGUUUAAUGUAUUACAGUACACAUAAAAGAAUAUUCAGAUCAAUAGAACAUAGAAGUUAGGGCUGUAA